CCUGUCAGUCCUGGAAAGGUUUCGAUUCUGUGUCAACGAAAAGCAAAGCCCCACUUCCUUCUUCUUGGGGGAAACUUUGUGGAAACAGAACAAAGAACUGGAAACAAAGGGAUCAUGGGCCAAGAAACAUCUGUGGAAAAGAGAGAACCGAAGCCUGGAGACAUAGUUGAGUUUCCUCGAGGGGCAUACCGUCAUUACGGCAUAGCCAUAGGCAACGGUUAUGUGAUCCACCUCACAAGUGCGGAGCCAGAGCUUCCUGGCUUCCAUUUCUCAUCUAGCGGUGGUGGCUCGAAGGGAAAAGUGAAGAAAGAACGCCUCUCUCACGUGGCCUGGGACAACAAGUAUUGGGUCAACAACAUAUAUGACCACAAGAAGAAGCCCAGAAAUCCAGAGGACAUUGUCUAUUUUGCCAAUGCCAUGGUGGGGAAGGAAAUGGAUUACGACUUGCUCCAGGGCAACUGUGAGCAUUUCGCCACAAUGCUGCGCUAUGGAGAUCCAAAGAGCAAACAGGCUGAAGAUGGCAUCCUUGCUGGAUCUGCAACCUUGGGUACUGUAUUAGGCGGUGCAAUUGUGAUUGGGGCCGCCUAUGCCAUAUUCAAGGGAAUUGCAGGAAAACACGAUGAAGACUAGCAUCUCUGGUGUCAAAAGGAGCACAGGCCUGAUGGACACAUCCCCACACAACCACAGGUCUCUCACUUUCCUCUUCCACAACUUGAGUGUGAAUCCCACUCCGGUCUCCAGAGCUCUUACAAAUGGAAAGAGAUGUGAAAUAAACGUCUGGGUUUCUCCUUUUA